AUGUGCAGACUGAACAUAAGUGAAUCCGUUGAACACAGUGACCCCAUGCUUUCUCCCAACUUUGAGGUCCCGGUUUACGAGGCUGUGGCAGAGGAGGAUGAAGAGAUCCCGAAUGAGAUCAAAUGGAUGUUGGAACAAGAAAGGAAGACAAUUCAACCUCAUCAGGAAGAGAUAGAAAUCAUCAAUCUGGGUACUGAGGAAGACAAGAAAGAAAUCAAGAUUGGGGCAUCGUUGGAUGUAUCUGUCAAGAAAAGAGUAAUUGAGCUUAUCAGAGAAUAUGUUGAUAUAUUCGCAUGGUCAUACAAAGACAUGCCGGGUCUAGACCCUGAUGUCGUUGAACACAGACUACCUUUGAAGCCUGAGUGUCCUCCGAUCAAAGAGGAAGUGCGGAAGCAAAUUGAUGCAGGUUUCCUAGUCACAUCAGAGUAUCCUCAAUGGUUGGCCAACAUAGUGCCUGUUCCAAAGAAAGAUGGCAAAGUCAGAAUGUGUGUUGAUUAUCGGGACUUGAACAAGGCUAGUCCGAAGGAUAAUUUUCCUUUACCUCACAUUGAUGUAUUGGUUGAUAAUACUGCUAAGUGCAAGGUUUUCUCCUUCAUGGACGGUUUCUCCGGCUACAAUCAGAUCAGGAUGGCUCCUGAGGAUAGAGAAAAGACGUCUUUCAUCACGCCCUGGGGUGCUUUCUGCUAUGUGGUGAUGCCAUUUGGUUUGAUAAAUGCUGGUGCCACUUACCAAAGGGGCUUUAUCGUCAGUCAAAAGGGUAUUGAAGUUGAUCCCGACAAGGUCAGAGCCAUCAGAGAAAUGCCUGUUCCAAAGACAGAGAAGCAAGUCAGAGGUUUUCUUGGUAGACUCAAUUAUAUCUCCAGAUUUAUCUCUCACAUGACCGCCACAUGUGGACCAAUUUUCAAGUUACUCCGCAAGGAUCAAGGGGUGAAGUGGAAUGAUGAUUGUCAGAAGGCUUUUGAUCAAAUCAAAGAAUAUCUGUUAGAACCUCCAAUUCUUGUUCCUCCAGUUGACGGAAGACCUUUGAUCAUGUAUUUAACAGUACUAGAAGAUUCCAUGGGCUGUGUUUUGGGUCAACAAGACGAAACCGGAAAGAAAGAGCACGCUAUCUACUAUUUGAGUAAGAAGUUCACUGAUUGUGAGUCCCGAUAUUCUGUACUUGAGAAAACUUGUUGUGCUUUAACUUGGGCUGCCAAGCGUCUCCGUCAUUAUAUGAUUAAUCAUACAACUUGGUUGAUAUCCAAGAUGGAUCCUAUCAAGUACAUAUUUGAGAAGCCAGCUUUAACUGGAAGGAUUGCUCGCUGGCAGAUGUUAUUGUCCGAGUAUGAUAUCGAGUAUCGCACUCAGAAAGCAGUCAAAGGUAGCAUCUUGGCAGAACAUUUGGCUCAUCAACCAAUCGAAGACUAUCAACCAAUCAAAUUCGACUUCCCAGAUGAAGAGGUUAUUGGAAUUGGUGCGGUGCUCAUUACCCCUAAGGGUACUCACAUCCCUUUUACCGCGAGGUUACGUUUUGAUUGCACAAACAACAUCGCAGAGUACGAAGCUUGCAUCAUGGGUAUCGAGGAAGCCAUCGAUUUGAGGAUCAAGAAAAUUGUCAUUUAUGGAGAUUCCGCUCUUGUGAUUAACCAGAUCAAAGGAGAAUGGGAAACUCGUCAUCCUGGAUUGAUUCCCUACAGAGAUUAUGCAAGGCGUUUGCUGACUUUCUUCAACAAAGUAGAGUUACAUCAUGUGCCCCGCGAUGAGAAUCAAAUGGCAGAUGCUUUAGCUACUCUAUCCUCAAUGAUCAAUGUGAAUGGUCACAAUACUGUGCCAGUAAUCAAUGUCCAAUUUCUCGACCGACCUGCUUAUGUGUUUGUAGCUGAAGCAAUUGAUGAUGACAAGCCAUGGUAUCAUGAUAUCCAAGUUUUCCUUCAAACUCAAAAGUACCCACCUGGGGCAUCCAACAAGGACAAGAAAACAUUGAGAAAAUUGUCAAGCCGUUUCUUCCUUAACGAAGACGUUUUGUAUAAAAGGAACUUUGAUAGGGUCCUACUUAGAUGUGUGGAUAAGCAUGAAGCAGAAAAAUUGAUGUGCGAGAUUCAUGAAGGCUCUUUCGGAACUCACUCAUGUGGGCACGCCAUGGCGAAGAAGAUAUUGAGAGCUGGGUACUACUGGAUAACAAUGCACGCUGAUUGCUACAAUCAUGCCAAGAGAUGCCACAAAUGUCAAAUCUAUGCUGACAAGAUUCAUAUACCACCAUCUAUGCUCAAUGUCAUCUCUUCCCCGUGGCCCUUCUCUAUGUGGGGCAUUGACAUGAUUGGUCGGAUUGAACCAAAGGCUUCCAAUGGGCAUCGCUUCAUAUUAGUGGCUAUCGAUUAUUUCACCAAAAUCAUCACAGACAAUGGCACAAAUCUGAAUAACAACAUGAUGAAAGAGUUGUGCGAUGACUUCAAGAUUCAACAUCACAAUUCUUCUCCUUACAGACCACAGAUGAAUGGGGCAGUUGAAGCUGCAAACAAGAACAUCAAGAAGAUCAUACAGAAGAUGGUAGUUACUUAUAAGGACUGGCAUGAAAUGUUACCCUACGCUUUGUAUGGAUACCGUACCUCAGUGCGAACCUCGACAGGGGCAACCCCUUUCUCUUUGGUAUAUGGUAUGGAGGCUGUACUACCUGUAGAGGUUGAGAUUCCUUCUUUAAGAGUCUUGAUGGAAGCUGAAUUGUCUGAAGCUGAAUGGUGCCAGAGCAGUAGUGUAUGUGAGGUGUUCAUCCCAAAGAAGCUUGACAAAUGGGGGAAAAGGUUUGGUUUUGUGAAGUUUGGAGUGGUGGAUGAUGUGGAGGAGAUGGAGAGGAAGUUGGUGGAGAGAGGUAAAGUGGCUGAAGGUGUGUCAUUCAAGAGUGAUUUGGUUAACAAGUUUCAGCAUGGUUCGGUGGUGCGACCGAAAGGCAAGAUUCUAGAGGCUACGCCAUCAGAGGCUGUUAUGUGGGAUUCUUACCUCACCGUGAAAAAGUGA